AUGGCGAACGAUUUCCAGAAUGUUGCGCAGCAGUUUGUUGCUUUCUACUACAACACCUUUGACACCGACCGCACGCAGCUGCAGAGCCUCUACCGCGACAACUCCAUGCUGACGUUCGAGUCGUCCUCAGUCCUCGGUGCCGCCGCCAUUGUCGAGAAGCUCAAGCGUGUCAAGCACGUCACGUCCACCCUCGACCCCCAGCCCACCGUUGGCGACGGCGUCAUUGUCCUCGUCACUGGCCAGCUGCAGGUCGACGACGAGGAGCGCCCCAUGAACUUCACCCAGGUCUUUCACCUGGCCAAGGACGGCGCCAACUACUUUGUGUACAACGACGUCUUUAAGCUGAUCUUUGGUUAA